AUGUGUCAGCUGCACCACCUUGUUCAACUCUCUUCAUCAUGUGUCAGCUGCACCACCUUGUUCAACUCUCUUCAUCAUGUGUCAGCUGCACCACCUUGUUCAACUCUCUUCAUCAUGUGUCAGCUGCACCACCUUGUUCAACUCUCUUCAUCAUGUGUCAGCUGCACCACCUUGUUCAACUCUCUUCAUCAUGUGUCAGCUGCACCACCUUGUUCAACACUCUUCAUCAUGUGUCAGCUGCACCACCUUGUUCAACUCUCUUCAUCAUGUGUCAGCUGCACCACCUUGUUCAACUCUCUUCAUCAUGUGUCAGCUGCACCACCUUGUUCAACUCUCUUCAUCAUGUGUCAGCUGCACCACCUUGUUCAACUCUCUUCAUCAUGUGUCAGCUGCACCACCUUGUUCAACUCUCUUCAUCAUGUGUCAGCUGCACCACCUUGUUCAACUCUCUUCAUCAUGUGUCAGCUAUCUUCCCCUGAAGUUAGCUUCCACUAUCUCCUCCUGAAGGCCCGAAAUGGUCACAACCCCCAAGGCUCACAACACCAAGGCUCACAACACCAAGGCUCACAACACCAAGGCUCACAACCACAAGGCUCACAACACCAAGGCUCACACCCCAAGGCUCACAACCCCAAGGCUCACAACCCCAAGGCUCACAACCCCAAGGCUCAAAACCCCAAGGCUCACAACCCCAAGGCUCACAACCCCAAGGAUCACAACCCCAAGGCUCACAACCCCAAGGCUCACAACCCCAAGGCUCACAACCCCAAGGCUCACAACACCAAGGCCCACAACACCAAGGCUCACAACACCAAGGCUCACAACCACAAGGCUCACAACACCAAGGCUCACAACACCAAGGCUCACAACCCCAAGGCUCAAAAUCCCAAGGUUCACAACACCAAGGCUCACAACCCCAAGGCUCACAACCCCAAGGAUCACAACCCCAAGGCUCAUAACCCCAAGGCUCACAACCCCAAGGCUAACAAUCCCAAGGCUCACAACUCCAAGGCUCACAACCCCAAGGCUCACAACCCCAAGGCUCACAACAACCCCAAGGCUCACAACAACCCCAAGGCUCACAACCCCAAGGCUCACAAUCCCAAGGCUCACAACACCAAGGUUCACAACACCAAGGCUCACAACACCAAGGUUCACAACACCAAGGCUCACAACCCCAAGGCUCACAACAUCAAGGCUCACAACCCAAAGGCUCACAACAACCCCAAGGCUCACAACCCCAAGGCUCACAAUCCCAAGGUUCACAGCCCCAAGGCUCACAACACCAAUGCUCACAACACCAAGGUUCACAACACCAAGGCUCACAACCCCAAGGCUCACAACCACAAGGCUCACAACACCAAGGCUCACAACACCAAGGCUGACAACCACAAGGCUCACAACACCAAGGCUCACAACACCAAGGUUCACAACACCAAGGCUCACAACCCCAAGGCUUACAUCCACAAGGUUCACAACACCAAGAUUCACAACCCCAAGGCUUACAUCCCCAAGGCUUACAUCCCCAAGGUUCACAACACCAAGAUUCACAACCCCAAGGCUCACAUUCCCACGGUUCACAACCCCAAUGCUCACAAUCCCAAGGCUUACAUCCCCAAGGUUCACAACCCCAAGGCUCACAACCCCAAGGCUUACAUCCCCAAGGUUCACAACCCCAAGGCUCACAAUACCAAGGAUCACAAUACCAAGAAUCACAACCCCAAGGCUCACAACACCAAGAAUCACAACCCCAAGGCUCACAACACCAAGAAUCACAACCCCAAGGCUCACAACACCAAGGCUCACAACCCCAAGCUUCAAAAUUAG